AAGCCUGAAAAUCCUGCAUUGUGGUGGGUAAGCGGUGACGGAGAAGAAGUGAAGUGGAGCUUUGAAGAGCUGGGAGACCUGUCCAGGCAAGCGGCUAAUGUACUGUCUGGUGCCUGUGGUCUGCAACCGGGAGACAGAGUUAUUUGGAUUCUGCCCAGGAUCCCGGAGUGGUGGCUGCUGAAUGUGGCUUGCAUGCGAACAGGAACUGUCCCGAUUCCUGGCAGGCAGCAGCUGACAGCAAAGGACAUUCUCCAUGGACUACAGAAAUCAAAGGCAAAGUGUGUCAUCACUGAUGGUUCUGUGGCACCAGCUGUGGACUCAGGUGGGCCUGAAUGGCAGUCUCUGAAAGCCAAGCUGCUUGUAUCAGAGGGCCACAGAGAAGGAUGGCUGAACUUCAGAGAGCUCCUGAAGCAUGCUCCUUCUGAUCACCACUGCGUGACCACAAAGCGUCAAGACCUGAUGGCCAUCUAUUUUACCAGUGGAACUACGGGGGCUCCAAAAAGGACUGCACAUUCCCACAGCAGCUAUGGCAUUGGCCUCACAGUAAGUGGAAGAGUCUGUCAAGAUUUCCCAUAACAGUCUUCUGUUCUGCUCCAACUGCCUAUCGAAUGUUGGUGCAACAUAGACUGUCCAGCUACAAAUUCAGAAGCCUGCGGCACUGUGUGAGUGCCGGGGAGCCAAUCAACCCUGAAGUGAUGGGA